UUCACCGUGAGCCACAUACAUCUGGUAUAGUGCCUGAUACAGUUCAGUUGAGUUUGAUUUCUGCUUGGGAGGUAACAGGUCUUCCUUCUUACCCCUCACAGAGAACACGAGAUUGCAUUCUUUCCCCAUCUGGGGAAGCCCUGCUCACCACACCACUACACUGUACAUCUGGGUCCUUUGAUGGAUGAAGAAGGUGAAGUGAUCCAGCCCCAAGAGCAGAGCUGCUGGGCCACUCUGCCAGAUGUGUGCCUGCGACGUGUUUUCUGGUGGCUGGGAGACAGGGACAGGUCCAGAGCUGCCCUGGUCUGCAGAAAGUGGAACCAGAUAAUGUACUCAGCUGACCUCUGGCGAUACAGGACCAUCACGUUCAGUGGGAGGCCAUCCAGGGUACAUGCAUCCGAAUUCGAGUCAGCUCUCUGGUACGUUAAAAAAUUUGGCCGUUACCUGGAACACUUGGAAAUCAAAUUUCUGAACCCUUACAAUGCAGUCUUAACCAAGAAGUUCCAGGUCACCAUGCGAGGCCUCCUGUCGUGCCUUGGCAAGAGCAACAACCGUCUAAAGUCACUCUCCAUCCAGCACCUGGAGCUGGACCGACUGGUCUGGAGAAACAGCAUCAGGGGUUCCCUCAUCAAGAGCUUGAGUUUUUUCUUAAAGAAAAUGGGCAAACACCUGGACCAUCUUAGCCUGAAAGGAGCACGGCUGACAGUGGAGCAAGGCUGCCACAUCCUCAACUCCCUGAGCUACCUGCGGAAUGAGAGCACAGCCUCAGAGCUCAACAUUGAAGACUUCUUCAGCCACCACUUGGCAGUCUACGGCAGCUCCCAGUUCAACAAGGCCAUGGCCACUUUCCACAACUUGACAUACCUGACACUCAACUACAACUGUAUCUCCGACGAGCUGCUCGAGACCUUGAGUGAGAACAAUGCUGGCACCCUCCGGACCAUGAACAUCAAAUGCCACGUUCAUGACCCCCAUGGACAGAUAGUCUGGGGCAUGUCCUGGGCCAAGCUGGCCAGGCAGGCCAGCAACCUGAAGGUGAACUUCUUCUUUGAGCGAGUGAUGAAGUAUGAGCACCUGGCCCGGAUCUUGCUGCAGGAGAUUCCACUUAGGAGCAUCAGCCUAAGAAGCUGUUAUUUCAGCGACCCAGACUGGUCUAUGCGGCCCACUCUGAUGGAGCUCCUACCCACCUUCCGGAACACCCUGCAGAAGUUAACAUUCGAGUUCAACAAUAACCACGAGUCACUAGAUGAACAGCUGCAUCUCCUCAUCCUGGCCUGCCGGAAGCUGUUUUACUUCAAAAUCUGGGCUUUCCUGGAUGUUAAGUUUGUGGAGCGGAUCCUGAAGAGCCAGGAGGAGGGGCAGUGCUCCCUGCGCACACUAAAGGUGAGAAUUUAUACAAACCGAUAUGAGACAAAUGAAGAGGACAGGACCCUACGUGAAAUUUACCGGAAAUACAGAAAGCUGAUCGAUUCAGAACUUAACUAUUUUGUCAUCGCCUACCCCAUGAUGUAAAGAGCGCCCUCCAGAGGAAGACAUCUAGAUGCACUUUGAACCUGAAAACCCUGUUCUCAGUGAAUUACAUUUGGGACUCCCAUGCUCUCAUCCCUUUUUCUUCUCUCUUUUUGCCAGUUCCACACCAUCAUGAAAAGCCUGGCAAAGGCUGAAAUGCUGGUGAUUGGAGAGGCCCCAAGCAUCUUUAAAGUGCUAUCUUUACCAACAAUCCUGGAUGACUUCUUUUUAUCAUUUGGUGUAGUUUUUUUGUAGUUGUUGUUGUUUUGGAUUUGUUUUGUUGUUGUUGUUUUGUUGGUUUGGGGGUUUGUUUAGUUUAGUGAGUUGGUUGUUUUGUUUUAAUUUGGGCAUUCCCACUCAAUCACAGAACAAACUCAAAGUAAGCUUGCUAGGGGAGUCUAACCUGUGCUUACCUGGACAGGUGUGACCAGCCAGUACACAAACCUUCUACCAACCAGCUUUACCCAUUAGAAAUGCUUUGCAGCCAGGUGGUUGGUAGCACACACUUUUACUUCUAGCAUAUGGGAGGCAGAGGCAGGUGGAUCUCUGAGUUGGGAGUCCAGCCUGGUCUACAGAUCCAGGACAGCCAAGGCUACACAGAGAAACCCUGUUUUGAAAAACAAACCAGCAACAACAAAGUAUUUUGUAUCCUGGCUGACCUUUAUAUCAGAGCCUCCUGACCUUGAGGUUGUCUGGGCCUGAUCACAUGCAAUUAGAACCCACUAGUAUGUCCUAGGAUGAAGCAGGACCAUUCCCACUAUCAGAGGGGCCACUCAGGAACAGGAACUGCUCAUAGAAGGAACUCGGUGCUAUGUUAUCAGCCCUGUGAAAGACUCCUGCCUCAGCUUAGCUACUUUUAGUUUUCUAUUCAGGUGACAAUCAUGCUCAACCUGCUGUGGACAAUUAGUCCUCAUGUGUGAGGGCAGACUAGAAGUGACCAUUACACCCAUGUUUAUUUAUUUAUUUUUUUCAAUGCAGUUUAUUCAGGAACCUUGAACAAUCAUCGACCCUGGGGAAAGCCAGCCCACAGCUUAUAUAGCCUCUGGGUAGCCAACCCCAGCAUGCCACGUGGGCAAUGCAGAUAGGUCCACAUACAUGGAAGCAAGCCAGAUCCUCAGCCUUAGCCAAAUGUGGAGUUGUUUUACACCCAUGUUUAUAAAGAAUCUGUAAUGUAGUGUGUCCUAAUGUCCUAAUGUAAUAUAAUGUGUCUAUAUUUAGAAUUAUAUCUUAUUAUUAUAUAAACUACAUCUAAAGACAUGCUUAAUACAUAGAAGAAGUGUAACAAAAUUGAUUUGGGGUAGAAUUUUGGUGGGUAUUGUUUGUCUUCUCUCAAUGACAGUGUCAUGGUUAGUCACUAAGAACAUGAUCUAACAUGUCUCUGAUCCAUGAGUAGCCACUGGGUCCUGAGGCUGGGUUGCCAUUAUUGCUUCUGUUCCAUUGAUGUCUUUUAAAGCUUCUUCAUCUUUUAAAAUCAACUAUAAAGUAUUAGGUAUUGUUAUGUCUCCUCCUCCCUUCCCUCUCACCAUCCUUCUUGUAAAUCCUUCCAGUCUUUUUUUUUUAAACAUCAUGUGUUCUUUUGGCCCCAACCUACCACUCACCCUCACCAUCAGACAUCCUCCCUUAUCUAUUUCUACUCUCCCUUCAUCCCCUUCCUAAUACCUUAAGUUUUAGACUCAUUUGCCUUCGCUUACAUAUUCACAUCUAUGCAUUGCAGGCUGCGAUCUACGCGUGAGAGCAUGUGGCUUCAAUCGUUUUCAGUUUGGGUCACUUUGCCUAAUAUACUUUCCAUAUUCAUUCAUUUUUCUGAAAAUUCCCUAAUUUUAGUUUUUAUUAUAGCUGAAUACAAUUGCUUUGUAUAUGGGCCUGUACUGGAUAAUUUUAUGUCAACUUGACACAAGCUAGAGUUAUCAGAGGGAGAAGACUCAAUUGUGAAAAGGCAUCCAUAAGAUCUGGCUGUAAGGCAUUUUCUUAAUUGGUGAUUGAUAAGGGAGGGUCCAGGACAUAGUGAGUAGUUUUACCUCUGGGCUGGAGGUUCUGAGUUCUAAAAGAAAGCAUGCUGAGCAAGCCAUGAGGAGCAAGCAGUAAGCAACACCUCUCCAUGAACGCAGGCAGCAUCAGCCCCUGCUUCCAGGUUUCUGCCCUGUGUGAGCUCCUGCCUGAUCUCCUUCAAUGAUGAACAGGGAUAUGGAACUAUGAGUAAAAUAAACCCUUUCCUCCCCAAGUUGUUUUUGGUUGUGGUGUUUCAUCACAGAAAUAGUAACCUUAACUAAGAGCCACAUUUUCAUUAUACAUUCAUCUGUUGAUG